UAUGAACACAUAUUUACAGACAUCUCAUAUCAGACAUCUGAACAAUACGGCCAUCCAAGCAAAUAGAAUCUGGUGCUCUGAAAUAUUUCCCCAAAACAUUGAAGUAUGUAUCAACAAGAGAUAACAUGUUUUCUAUAGGACCGUACCUGUAUGACCUAAUGUCCAUGUCAAUAGAAACUUUUGACAUUUCCGAUAUCUUUAAAGCUUACAAGGAAGAUUGUCAACCCGAAACAUGCAACAUGAACUUUGUAUGUACCUGGCACAGAGAGGCUCAAUUUAAUGAAAAUCAGAAUAUACAGGUAAAAGAAUUGUUGUUUAAAAGUGCACAAUAUCACCAAGAGGACAAUGCUGUUACCAUCAUACCUAUACCCUAUAGACUAAAAACAUUGCGUUUUCGAUCUAGUGACGCAAAAUAUACGAUAACGGCACUAACUUUAUCCAAUAAUAAACUAGAACGUAUUGAUGCGAGCAACAAUAUUUUGUCUCACUUGAUUGGGCCUUUAAAAAAUACAAAGAAUUUGAAAUACUUAAACCUAUCUUCAAAUGUGUGCUCCAACAUUUCGACAUUCUUCUUUAGCCCCGACUUCAACAUAUUAGAGGACCUACUGUUGGGAAAUAAUUUGUUAGGUCUUGUGUUACCGUCCGAUACCCACGGACAAAUAUUCCAAAAUUUGAUCAAUUUAAAAAAACUUGAUUUAUCUGAAAACAGGAUUUCUAUUUUGCCUAAUCAGAUUUUCAAAUCGCAGAGAAAGCUUGAAAUGUUAGAUCUUAGUUCUAACUUUUUAGAAAAAAUCGAUUUCAAAUUAUCACAUUUGACUCAUCUGUCAUACCUAAAUUUAAGAAAUAACCUUAUUACAUUAAUCGAUAGUCAUACGAUUCUGGAGAUUAAUUUUAUAGCUGAUAUGAGAAAAAAUCUUUCUAUGAACCUGUUAGAAAACAGACUGGUAUGCACAUGUAGCUCUGAGCGUUUUAUCAAAUGGAUUGGAAGUACAAGUGUGAAACUUUUUAACAAAAAUCAUACCUUUUGUCAAUUAUCAACUGGAGAACGUAUCCUCAUGACAAACAUCCAAGAAAUUUACAAAAGUUUAAAAAAAGAUUGUACAUCCUAUGAAGUACUUAUUUCUGGACUAGUUGUAACAAUUCUUUUAUUUUUCAUUGUUCUUAUCCUGGGUAUUAGCUACCGAUUUCGAUGGAAACUAAGAUACUUUUACUAUAUGGUGAAAAUUCGAUCUCGAAGUAAGAUACCGCAAAUUGACGAAAAUGAAAAUGAAUAUAUGUAUGACACCUUUGUGUCUUAUGCAGAUGAAGAUCGAUCAUUUGUUCAUACACAGUUACUUCAGACACUGGAAAACAAAAAUGGUAUUCGUCUGUGCUUACACAAGAGAAACUUUUUACCCGGAAAUGAUAUAGCGACUAACAUUACUUCCGCCAUUCACAAUAGUCGUAAAACUAUUGUCAUUAUGACUUACCAUUAUCUGAAGUCUUACUGGUGUAUGUUCGAAUUUAAUAUGGCGAGAAUGGAGAGCAUCUACGAACGCAAUAACGAAAAUGUACUUUUCCUUGUGUUUUUUGAGCAAAUAUCUGCUCGUGAUUUUCCUUUGCAUAUUUUAGAAGUCGUUCAAUCCCAAUCGUACAUAGAAUUCCCAAACGACGAGCAAGGUGACGUAGUAUUUUGGCGGCAGCUUGUUACUGCACUGAAAUAAUUUUUGAAAAUAAGUGUUUACGAAUAUACGAUUAUGUCAUAGGUGACUCUCUGAUUUAAUGAACAAAAUUGAAUAAAAUAUAUAUGAAGACAAGUAUUUGUGUCCAUAGUUUUAUUGUUAAUGUUUCGGAAAUUUGAAAGAAAAACAAAUAUGCAUGUAUUUGGGUAAAAAUAAA